AUUUGAGGAACAAGCUAGUUCUGUUGUCUGAAAAAUUCAAAAUUCAAGUUGUUUUGCUAUGGCGCAACACGUUCCCACCAAAAAUGUGCAUUUACAGCAGGAAGGAGGUGCCGAAGAAGUUUACAGUCGUCUGCUAGAUAUUUUGAAGAGUGAAGACGAAAAUGAUAGCAAAGAUAUUGUGAAAAGAAUAGACAAGAAUGAUGAAAUGCCAAAAAACAAACUUGCAAAUGAACUACUUCAUGCCCUCGGGAAGAAGGAGGCUUUUAAAUUCUUCAAACUUCUAGAAGGUUACCAUCAUACGGUCAGGUCGGAAUACGAAAACUUCCAAAAUGACUGCUUGGAAGCCAACAAGAAAGAGCAGCAGAGGGAAGGGAGAUUUCACUGCGACUGUCGGAAUUGCUGCACAAAAAUGUUCGAUUUUUGUCGCAACAAGUGCAAAUGUAGUUGUUGUUCGAACUCCGAACCGCAAGAAUCAGAAAAAAAAGCAUAAAUGAUGAAACAAAACUGAACUGGAUCAAAAUUCUUUCUAACCCUCUGUUCAUUAGUUUGGAAUGGCUAUGGAGAACAAAAUAUAACUGUCCGUGUGAAUUUUGCGAGAAAGAUAGGAAGUUGGUUGAAAAAGGAAAGAAAAAGAAGGAGGAUGUCAUAGAAAGUUCUCUACAUGAUGCAUAUCUACUCGAUGAAACGUCGUCUCUCAAGCACUACAAUAGCCGAGAUGUUUACAGGGAAUCGGCGGAGGCUUACGAAACGUUUGCUGUUGGCGUGCUGGAGAAAGCCUCCCUGAAUGAACUUUACCAGAUCAUGGAUAUAAAAGGAGAGGGCCGCCUGCUGAAAAAUAAUUCGAAUCAACACAGAAGUUUUAUUCAAAGUCUGAGCCUUCUCAAGAGUGCAGUCAAUAAGGGAAGGAAGAAGGUAUGCUCUCGGGAUUAAACGACGAUGUUGUUUAGCGCCGCAGGAAUGUGAAUAUUGAUUUCUGCACUCAACCAUUUCUUAGAAAUAUCAGAAAUGACCCCUCAUUACUCUGCCAACAAUUUCCAAAUCUUGUGUGAUGGAGACCGAUCUUUAAAUCUCUUGGUAACAUAAAUCAGUGACAACACGUAGUAAUUGAUACUGUAGGCCUCCUUUAUUCUCCACAAGUUUAAUCAGAUGAUUAAAGAUUCGGCUUUGUUUUACUAAUGGAGUUUGAACGAGAUAACAUCAGGCAAAUUAUUUUUAACCCAUCAUAUCUAGUACAAUUUGCAUUUCAUUAAGGGUGUGAGCAACAAAACACCCAAGCUGAAAUGUUUAAGUUUGGAGCUCGCCGACCAAACGUUAGAUCCGUGAGUUAAGUGUUAUUCUACAUAAGGUGAAAUGGUGAUUCAUAUGAAAUGUAGUUAAAUUAUACACUUUCAGCGCCUAUCAACUUCGAUGGUGGUCUUAAUACAUACUGCUUGUUUUCGUAAAGGAAUGAUCGUUGCAGCAAAAGUCUUUCAACGAUUUCCUCUUACAGAGAUUUUAUUACAUCAAAGCAUUCUUUCAAAGUUUCCUUUGUCUGUUACUAAAAUACUUGAUAUUCCGGCCGAACAAGUUGAGUUUUUCUGUCUCAAGGCUGAACGCGUAUCCAUCAGGGCCCGGUUGUUCAAAAGGUGGUUUGCGAUUAUCCAGGAUGAAACUUUUAACUUGUAAUUAGUUGCCCUUGAAAUAAAGUUUGUAUUAGGGUCUAAGUAUUAAGGGUUUUACCUUAGUGUGACACAAAACUGAUGGAAAAAAUAUAUCCAAUUAAAAUUGUCUGCAAAGCUACACAAAUUAAACUAAAAACUGGUGGCUAACCCUCGGUUAGCUUAAUCGUACUAUGUACAAUCCGGCCCGGGUUAAUAAACUUUUCUCCUUAAACCUUAGAAACCUCCCACUGAUUGAAAAAAAUUCAUCUCUUUGAAUGCUCUGAGGCGUAAAAGCCCAAUCAGCAUCAUUUCUUGUUCUGAUAAACUAAUACGUCUAUCUGUAUAUUUACUUGUAGUUUGUUUCAAGUCCAAGAUGUCAAGCUAUCCUCGAUGCGAUUAUUUUUUACAAGAUGCGGGAUUGGCAGGACAAGAGCAUGGCAAAAAAAAUUUUUUGGUCCCUUUUGCAGUUUGUCGUCAUCUUACUUCUUACUCCUUUGUUUUACGUUUUCGCUCGACCACCCAUGAAGAUAUGGCGCAGUCUGAGUGAUAUCGAAUGGCUUGCGUGCGUAGAGAAGUUAUAUGAGCAUCCCUACAAUAAGUUUGCAAACCACAUCAGUUUUUACAUUGUAUUCCUGUGCCUGCUUUUCGCCUCAACUUUCGGCUUUGAACACGAGUACAGAACAAGCACAACAGGGCUUUCAUCCAUUGGUAAGUUGUGUAAAUUGAUUCUUCAGUGCCUAUUUCACCACUAACAGUGUAUUAGCUAAGAGCAACAGCUAAUUCUGCUGAUACCGUUCAAGCUCAAAUUAGUGCCCGGGACUAUUUCUUUAUUUCGCAAUGCAUAAUCCUGACUUGUAGUAAUCUCGAACUGCAAGUUUCUGAAAAGUGAACUUCUGCGACAUUAAAGGAAUUUAAUCAACAUCUUGUUAGCAUGAAGCACUUACCAAAUAUUAAAUUUUUCAACAAAUAAUGAAACAGCGUCUCCAAUUAAUUUUUGCAGAGUCAUUUGCGUUCCGUUCUGAUUCGUCCACAGAUUAUGUUGUCCUCGUCUUUUUGGGCGGUUUCCUUCUACAAGAAAUUUGGGAAGUUUCUAAACAAGGAUUCCGAAUCUACAUCUCGAAAUGGUGGAAUGUCGUGGACACAAUAACAUUUCUUACACUCCUGGCAGCUUAUAUAGUAUGGCUUGUCACAUGGCUAAGCGUUUAUAAAGAAUGGCAACCGAGGAAGAAUGCCUUCAUCGUGACAGAUGUCUUGUAUGCAAGCGCCACAGUGUUAGCGUUCUUUCACCUAGCUCACGCGUUUCAAGUCAGCUCAACUCUUGGCCCUUUGCAGCUUUCAUUGUACAGAAUGCUGAAAGAUGUGGCCAAGUUUCUUUUCAUUUUUCUGAUGCUUUUCAUUGCAUUUGCAACUGGCCUCAUAAAAAUUUAUUCAUACUAUGUGGCCUCCCAAGCGAAACUUCGUGAAGAGGGCGAGAGCAAAUUCCAGGACUUCCAUCCAUAUGCUGAGUAGGGGGAUGCUAUUGCGAUAUUUAUAUAAGAGAGUGGGCGCCCAUAAGCAAACAUACAAUAUUUCAUCUAUAAUUUUAUAGAAAAAUAUUGCUGAAAGAAAUUUAAAGUGCUUUAAUUGAUUUGAUGAGUGGACGGACGAAGAAAGACUUAUGCCCAUGUAAUCGGACAGAUAGACAAACAUCAGGGCCCAGUUGUUUAAAGGUCGGAUAACGCUAUCCAACGGAUAAAUUACUAUCCAGUGGAUAAGUAAUAGCAAAAUGUAUAGCGUCAACCACCGUAUAGAGUUUUAUCCAGUGGAUAGCGUUAUCCCAUCUUCAAACAAUCGGGGCCAGACGUAUAGAUUAGCUGACCAGUGAAAAAGAUAUCUCAUCUUUUCAUCAUUCGAAACUUUUCAGGCACGAGAACACUUUUAUUAGCUUGGUCUGGUUACUGGUUGGCUACGUGGAAGAAGACAAAAUAAGGGUUGAUGAUCCUGCCUUUUACCUUACACAACUGUUUGGUCGCUUGGGUUUCCUCAUCUACCUGGUUUGUACCGUUAUCGUUGCUUUGAACAUGCUGAUCGCCAUGAUGAAUAACUCCUUCGACAGAGUUAUGGUAGGUCCCAAGUUGUGGUUUGUGACAGAUUUUGACUUGAUAUAAUAGUUCCGAGAAUGAUGUUUGCUAGUUGGCUUUUUACUCAGUGACAUAAACCACGUUGAUUACCACACUAUCAUCAUGAUUGAUCCGUAGCAUGACGACUCAUAUGAAUUCGAGGGAAUUCAGUCAACCUUCGCAUAAAAUCACUAAAUCCUCUUAUUACUUAGUAUACCUACCUAGUCAGUCGAUCACGGAUAAGCUUAAACUCUUUCCAAACCUUGGGGGAAAUUUAUGUGAGUUAUCACAUGUGAUAGAUUUUAACUUAGAAAAUGAACUUUGGUUUUUAGGGUGAUGAGGACAAAGAGUGGAAGUUUUCAAGGGCUCAAAUGUGGUUAGAAUAUAUCGACAAAGGAAAUGCAAUACCAGUACCUUUUAACCUUCUGUAUUAUAUCUUUUAUUUUUGCUCUUUCCCUAUAUUCCUCGUUUACUGGAUGGUAAGGGGAGACCGCAGAUGCAAUUGUAAUAAGAAGGUAAAUGUUGGCAAUUGCUAUUUUGUCUUUGGAAUACUUGCAAAAUCCUUUUAGUGAGAUCUUGGUUGUACUUUCAUCAUGAUUCUGAGGAAAAAGGGCUCGAAGAAAUCAAUUCCGUUUGCUUCAUUCUCCCCCAGGAUGAAACAUUUUUCGCUAUGACCUGGUCUCUUAAUAAAUCCCGCGAGCACACAGAAACAGAUAAAAUUAACUAGUAAUUCUGGGAAAUGCAACAUGUAAAUGCAAAUACAAAUUCCAACAGAUCUUAUAUUAUCAAGUGUAGAUUUCAAUUCCAACAGGUCUUAACAAGUUUACUACAGAAGCAUUGCAUGUCUCUUGAGUGACAACUCACGUUGGUGCUAAAAUAUGUUUUGUUUCAUUUUGCUGCUUACUUUGACGGAAACAGCGAGAAGAGAGAAAAGGAACUGUUGAGGUACGCAAAAUGAAAAAAACGAUUUCGAUUUAAACCUUACUCGUUGUUUCGUUACGUCAUCUCGGGCGCCCAGUACGCUGGCCGAUUCCUAUUGCAAGAAGCCUGGUGAUGAGGAGUUUUGAAAGUGGGCUGGCGUUUGCCUCCUUUGUUUGCGUUUUAAGCAUUCAAGAUCAUGGGAGUAAUCUUAAGAUAGGUUGUCUAGAUCUGCAUAACUCAUUAACUGGCAGAUUUCCUAAUUCUUUACUUUUAGUUGCAAGCCAGUCCUAAACCCACUAGAGCAGAAGAGAAUGUUGAAGAAGGCAAUCCACAACAAGUAGAGCAAAAUGUAGAGCAAGGAACUAAAGAUCAGGUAGGAUUAAGAUCCCAUUACUUACUUUCACCUCACAAUUCACGAUUGCGCUCCGCAGUCAAUAGUUUACCAAAUAUGGCAAAGGAAAAAGUCACCAACACAUUGAGAUCCUCAUUAGAAAAAGGGAAAAAUAAGAGACAAAUCACGAAACUCUUGUUUUCAUUUUAUGCAAAUGAUUUAAUGUAAAAAUAAGGAAGCUGUUUUGAACCUUCUCGGUUACAGCACCAAUUAAUAUUUUUAAGUCAUUUUCUCUUUACUUUUUCAUCAGACUUCAGGCGAUAGUAUCGCCUGCUGUAUUUGUCAUGGAUGUUUUUGUUGUUGUAAAUCCGAAACCGAAAACAAACGAAAAGAGGUCAGUAAAUGGAUCAUUUUGUUGUACCACAAAUGCGUAUAAGUGACAACACUUAGCUGAUGAACUAAGGGCAACAGAUCCAGGCUGUAAGAGAAAUAGAUCAUGUAUCUUUUUUGUAUAAAUAAACGUCUCAAAUUAGCCUCGCAACUCCCAAUUGCCCUACGCAAUCCAAACUGAGUUUGCCAAACCGACUGCUGUGAAAAAGGAAUAGAAAAAAACUGAUUAAAGGUAGAUACCACUACAUUACAAUUCACGGUAGAAAAAGGGGAAAACUAGAGACAAAUCACAAAACUCGUGUUUUAAUUUUAGGCAAACGAUUUAAUGUAAAAAUAAGGAAGCUGUUUUGAACCUUCUCGGUUACAGCACCAAUUAAUAUUUUUAAGUCAUUUCCUCUUUACUUUUUCAUCAGACUUCAGGUGAUAGUAUCGCCUGCUGUAUUUUUCAUGGAUGUUUUUGUUAUUGUAAACCCGAAACCGAAAACAAACGAAAAGAGGUCAGUAAAUGGAUCAUUUUGUCGUACCACAUAUGCGUAUAAGUGACAACACUUAGCUGAUGAACUAAGGGCAACAGAUCCAGGCUGUAAGAGAAAUAGAUCAUGUAUCUUUUUUGUAUAAAUAAACGUUUCAAAUUAGCCUCACAACUCCCAAUUGCCCUACGCAAUCCAAACUGAGUUUGCCAAACCGACUGCUGUGAAAAAGGAAUAGAAAAAAACUGAGUAAAGGUAGACACCACUACAUUGCAAUUCACGGUAGAAAAAGGGGAAAACUAGAGACAAAUCACAAAACUCGUGUUUUAACUUUAGGCAAACGAUUUAAUGAAAAAAAAAAGAAAGCUGUUUUGAACCUUCUCGGUUAUAGCACCAACUAAUAUUUUAAAGUUAUUUCUUCUUUAUUUUUUCGUCAGACCUCGGGCUAUAGUUUUGCCUCCUGUAUUUGUGAUGGAUGUUCCUGUUAUUGUAAACCUGAAAUCGAAUACAACCGAGGAGAGGUUUGUUAGUGUUGAUAAAUUACUUCAGUAAAUGGAUCAUUUUGUCGUACCACAUAUGCGUAUAAGUGACAACACUUACCUGAUAAACUAAGGCCAAUAGAUCCAGGCUGCAAGAAAAAUAGAUCAUGCGUCUUAUGUGUAUAGAUACACGUCUCAAAUUAGCCUUACAAUUCACGAUUGCGCUCCGCAAUCCAAAUUGAAUUUGCCAAACCGGCUGCUGUAAAAAGGGAAAAGAGAAAGGUGAAGACAAAUUUUGAGGCAAAUUUGCUUUUUCCGUCGCUUUAUCUACGAUAAGUACCACCCAGAAGUGUAAUUCUUUACUUUUAGAUGCAAGCCAUUUGAUCCAGCGAGCCUUGCCAAACGCAAACCUUGCCUUACGCAAUCCAAACUGAGUUUGCCAAACCGACUGCUGUAAAAAGGGAAAAGAGAAAGGUGAAGACAAACACCUUUUCAGCGAUUUGGGAUCAUUUACAAUUUAAAUAUCACAGAUGCAGAUAUUCCAAUCGUUGUUGGAAGCAGUUCAUUGCUAAGUUUAGUUUUUACUAUAAUACUAAAUUGGUACUGUUUCUUCUUUAUAAGGGACGCGGGAAAGUUAUAGCAUCAUGUGUUAAAAAGUAUGUGAACCAGAUGAGGAACACUUAGCACGGAGGACUUUAAAGGAGUCACUUGUUGAUGAAAGAGAUGACCGAAAUCGAAAGAGGGUUGCGUAAACCCAUUUACAGGAACUGUAGGCCGUUUUGAUGAUGUAUAAGAUUUUUGUUUUUAUUACAAGAAAAUUUAAGACCGGCCCACAAUUUAAAGUGCGGGUAGGAAACGGAAUUUAUCGUAGUUAGUUUAAUGUAAUUUUUGGGGGGAUCUAACGAACUCGUAUUUUGUGUUAAGAAAGGACGAAUUCUUCAGAUUUCUGGUCUAUGUUUGCUAAUAUAUAUAUCCAUUAUAACCGCUUUGGCUGCUGUUUUCCCCAUAUUCACCCGUCUUUAUAUCAAUUGCUUCAUUUGUGCUGUCAUGCAGCGGUAAUGUAUGAUUAUUCUUUCUAUCUUUGACUUCUGAAUAGUAGUAGUUACUCAGUAUGAUAAAGUGGCGUUUUCUUGAUUUGGUUUCCUUUGUCCCCUGUCCUCCGCCCCCCUAGUGCAGGGUUUCAGAUCGGCACGCCCCCUCCCCCUCUCCUUUCAGUCCGAACUACCAACUUUCAGGAAUGUUAAUAGCCAGAGGAAGAGAGCACGUUUUUGUAACAAGAUUUGUUUGGGUGUGGUUAAUGUUGACGUAGUCUUAGUUUGUGUUUGUAUAAAUCACAUCGAGCAGUCACACAACUUGCCGAUCCGAAACCUCGCUUCUUUUGAGGCAGAUGAGUUCUACUUAGUUCACUUGGGUUUUGGUGUGAAAAAUCAUCUUUUCUUUUUCUUUGUUAUUUUUACUUUCUUUUUCUUAGAGUUUCUUUUAUUUUGCCCUCGUUCCUUUUUCCAGUUGUAGGUACCCAUACCUCCCCUUCUCCAUUAAAAAAUCACUGGAGGACCUUCCGCGUUAUGGGGCUCCCUUAAAUAAUAAGCUUAUCAAGUACUUUAGUGGAGUCUUAAUUAUGUAAGAUAAACUUGAUUUGACUUAUUUUUAUUAUUUAACUUUGUAUAUUUAUCCUUUUACAAGUGUGUUUAUCCCUAUAGCUUACCCAUUGUAUCUUUGUAUUCUAUAUUUUUGACGCUCAGUUGUGUAUUAAAUUACACCCAAAGUGUUCCUGAACAUGGGGUGAAAUCACUAGACUCUCGAAUACGUUGUCUCUACCACAAUCUUUGAAAGUGAGAACUAACAGACGGUUCGUUCCGAGCACAAUUAGUGGUGAUGUUAAUCUAGCAAAUCAAUAAUGAUUUUUUAAAUUGGCAGAGGGGUAGUAAAUAGCCACACAAACGCGCAAGGAAAUACAACUCAUUAACUCUUGGGAAACCAGUCCCGGAAAAUCUCAGUAAAUAGUUAUCUUGAAAGAAUAAUUGUUAUUAUACAGGUGUAGUUUAUGAAGUCUCAGUUAUUUGUUCUACUCUAUCUUCAUUUAUAUUCUG